GCGCGGAGCAGCCGUUCGUCAUGGCGCAGGGGGAGCCCGAGCCGCUGCUGGCGGUGCACGGGGAGGAGGAAGAGAAGGGCGGUGGGGAAGGGCCGCAGCUGGUCCCGGCGGCUGGCGGUGUCGGGCUGCAGGGGAACGUGCAGGGCCUGAAGCAAGAGUUGUUCCAAGAAGAUGAUGACUACAGCUGCAGUGACUAUGGGAGUCGUGACAAAUCAGGGACCAUUUUAGGAAGGAUUGUGCCAGACGGGAAUGUGCUUUUCCCAGACACGUUCCAAACAAAUCACCUUUUGUUUUAUGAGCGAUUUAAAGCCUAUCAGGAUUACAUCUUGGCUGACUGCAAGGCCUCUGAGGUAAAAGAAUUCACAGCUGAGUACUUAGAGAAGGUCCUUGAACCAUCUGGAUGGCAAGCAAUCUGGCGCACUCAUGUGUUUGAGGUGCUGGUCGAGGUUGUGGAUGUGGAGUACUCCGCUCUGAAAGCAGUGGUUCGGCUCAGUGAGCCUUUCUUGUGUGACUCCCAUGUUAGCACCUUUACCUUGGAGUGCAUGCAAGAGCUCUUGGAGCUGAAGAAGCAUCAGUUACCAGUGCAGGAGCUGUGGGUUGUGUUUGAUGAAUCAGGAGAGUUUGACCAGACAGCCCUGGCCAUAGAGCAUGUCAGGUUUUUCUACCAGCACAUCUGGAGGAGUUGGGAUGAAGAGGAUGAGGAUGACUUUGAUUAUUUUGUCAGAUGUGUUGAACCUCGACUGAGACUGCAUUAUGACAUACUUGAGGAUCGUGUCCCUUCUGGACUCAUUGCUGAUUAUCGCAAUCUGCUGUCUCAAUGUGAGGUGCUCUACAGGAAGUUCUUAAACCUGAGGAGUGGCAUAUCAAGCAGUGACUCUGACUCCGAGGCAGAAAAUGUCUCCAUGGUGGAAGGCUUAAAGCUGUAUGAUGAGAUAGAGCAUCUGAAGCAAAAGCUAAAGCUCAUUGAGAAUCCUCUCUUGAGAUAUGUAUUUGGUUACCAGAAGCACGCUGGUCUCCAAGCCAAAGGCUCCCGUCCAACGGGUACGAAGAUCACUCAUGUUGUAUCUUCUACUAUGAUGGCAAGUCUGUUGCAGUCUCUGCUCAGGGAAAAGCUUUGUUCUGAGACCUGUGAUGAAGAACUAGAAAUACAGUUCCACAGUGAUCCACUGACAGCUGUCAGUGCCUGCUAUGAAGGAGACACUGUCAUCAUCUGUCCUGGCCGUUACAUUGUAGAUGGCAUGUUCUGCAUUGCUGACUCAAUUGAACUAGAAGGGUAUGGCCUGCCAGAUGAUGUUGUGAUAGAAAAGAGGGGCAAAGGAGACCACUUUUUUGACUGUACAGGGGCGAAUAUAAGAAUCUCCAGUUUGAAGCUGGUUCAGCAUGAUGCAGUAGAGGGGAUCUUAAGUGUUCACCAUGGGAAAACCACACUGGAGAACUGUGUGCUACAGUGUGAAACUACAGGGGUUACUGUGCGGACAUCAGCAGAGCUAUUAAUGAAGAACUCUGAUCUGUAUGGUGCCAAGGGUGCUGGUGUGGAAAUAUACCCAGGUAGCACAUGUACCCUGCUGGGCAAUGGCAUACACCACUGCAAGGAGGGAAUCCUCAUAAAAGAUUUCUUAGAUGAGCAUUAUGACAUUCCCAAGAUCACCAUGGUGAACAAUGUGAUCCAUAAUAAUGACGGGUAUGGAGUCGUCCUGGUUAAAUCUACCGUUUCCUCUGAUGUAAAAGACAUUGCUGUCAAAAAUUCAGAAGGAAAUAUACAGACUAUCCAGUCAAACGGUGGGACAGACAAUGUAGAAGAUUUGGGACAUGAAGAGCUACAUGAAUGUGCAACAGGUGAAUUGGAGCUCCAUGAGAGAGCUGAGAUUUCUGAACAAACUGCAGGCAAUUAUGAAAUUGCAAAUGAACUUGUUGCUACCUCUGUAAAGAAGAGCCAGAUGCACAAGAAAAGGCUGAGUGAACUGGGAAUCACAGAGGCUGAUGACAACUUAAUGUCUCAGGAAAUGUUUGUUUCUAUCGUGGGCAAUCAGUUCAAACGAAAUGGGAAAGGAAGUUUUGGCACGUUCCUCUUUUGACUGUCCUGACUUGAAAUGCCAUUAGGGUAGGCAAUUUGCACAAGCUGUUAUGUUCACUGCUACUUUCAGAGAAGUUAAUCUGACUCAUCUGCCUUCCAUUAUGUUGCUAGAAUGUGAUGAAAUUCAAGAAUAUUUAUUCUUUUUAACAGUGUGCAUGUUGCACAUGUGAGGUUGCUUCCUUGCAGCAAAUGUAGAAAACAGAACUCCAACGUGGAAACCUUUAUGGACAUUGCUGAGCCACAAGCUUUUCCUUUACCAGCCAUGUACUUCACUUUUAUUAUAGUAUUUAUUUAGCUACUAAAUAUAAAACACUUUUAAAAAAGACCUAGGCACCAGAGGGGAGGGUGGACAACAGCUGCAACCAUAUAGCUCCCUCCAUGCUAUUUCUUAACUGUGCCUGAAGUGGUUCUGACUUCCAUGUAAUACUGGCAUAGUACUUCAUUUGUAUGUUAAUAAAGGCUUUUUUAUAAUUA